UGUGUGUGUGUGUGUGUGUGUGUAUGAAUAUAUAUAUAUAUAUAUAUGUCCUUCAGACCCAGCAAUAUUUUUUUUUUCACGGUAUUGGACAAAUUUGAAUUAAUGAUUUUGCCCUGGCAUUUUUAUGACACUUAAUUCUUAGAGUUGUGGCUGAUUUGAUAAUACAUUAUAUAAUUUAGAAUGUAGAUAGAAGGAAGGCUUUGAGUCAAAGGUUAAAUUAUACAAAUGUGUUUUCACUAGCAGUUAUACCUCCUUAAAUGUAAAUUCCAAUACUUUUGUAAUAGCUGUUGAAUGAAACAGAACUGCACAAAAAGUAAUUUAACUGGUAAUUUCCAUAAAGGUUGGGGCAAGUUUUUAUGAUUUAAAGUUUGAAUGUACACUGUAAAAAAAAAAAAAAAAAAUGUUGGUUUAACUUAAAUAAUUAAGUUACCUGGUUGCCUUAAAAUUUUGAGUUAAUUGAAAUUAAAAAUUUGAAUUAAUACAAUGAAGGUGAUUGAUUUAAUCAACAGAAACUUAAAAUAUUAUGUUAUCUGAACCACAUUAAUUAUCAGUUGAUUUGACAAAAGAAAAAAAUGCUGUGACAACAAAUCAUGAAAAUAAUUUUUUAUGCAAGUUAUUACAAUAUUUGUUUUGAAAAACUGGUUUAAUUUUUGUUACCUUUUACAUUUUUAGUGUUUCGUCUUUUAUAGCAUACUAUGUGGAGUAAGGUAAACAUGUUCAUUUUGAUUCUGGGUUAAAUGUUUAAUAGCUUUUUAUUACCGAGACGUAUCUGGUAUUUGUCUAUGCAGAAACCAGAUAAAAAUAAAGCCACCCUGAGAAAUAUUUACCUUAGUCUCCCAAAUAUUUAAUUUUUUUUUUUUUUUUUUUUUUUUUUUUGCAGUCUUGUGAUGAAAGAUGAGCCAAAAUUGCCUCUGAAUUUUAUCACAAAAAUAUAAACUCUGCCCACAAGGCAAGUGUUCUGCUGUUUUAUGAACCAACAAAGUGCUUCUUAACACUGAGUUUACACUUAGUGGUUUUAAAUGGGUUUACAUACAUAAAAAAGCUUGAAACUGUGAUGUGUGCUGUUAUUGGUGCUGAUGUUAAGGGGUUGGGCUCAGUGACUCCACUGUCACAACCCAAAAGCGCACUGAUCCAUCACACACAACAUCAGUUUAGGAAGAGCGAGCAGGCAAGAAUGCUGCAAAACUGGACUUUUACCCAGGGGACUGCUUAGAGAGCAGUUUUAUUAUUUGUUUUUCUUUUGGAUGGACAAUCACAUGCACACAUAAUCGUGUUAGGAUAUGUGAGUGUUGCAGAGGAAAGGCAUGCAGCCAGAUGAGCAGAGCUAAGAGGAUUUAAUGCAGCUGGACAUGAGCCACGCUGAGUAAAGAAGAAGAUUAUAUUGUUUUAAUCAAAUGCAAAAAAGUUUUUUAUUGCUGAUCACUUUGAGUUGGGACUGUCGAGGAGCGAUGUUUGUCUUCACCAGGUUUCAUCCUCUCUUUAUGCAAUCUGUGAACGACUCUGUAAGGAUGCUCACCGCACAGAGAUGUAUGGAUCCAGCUCUACAGUAGAAGGGCAUACUGACACAAGACCUUGCCACAAGUGGACCUGAUCUUUACUAACUCAGAUCUGGACUCAUAAAACACAUGAAGAUGUGCCAGUGUUACUCUGCCCUGCUUAUGCUCUGCUUACACAUGGUGACAUGUGGCGCGGAGCUCAGAGCAGCUCUGUCUCCUCUGGGUUGGAGAGAGAGUGAUAAGGAGGAAAGUGUCUCUCCUUACGGCUCUCGUUCAGGGAUUCUCAAAUCCCUGCGGCUUUUCUCCCACACGUCCCAAUCUAACAGCCAGAGCCGUGAAGCUGCUCCGGACCCUGGGGCACUGGAUCUGUGGGCUUGGUUAUCUAACCACACUGAUACCGAAGGAACCCUUUCGAGGGCCAAACGUCGUCCCUAUGUGAAAACAGGAAAGUUUAAGAAGAUGUUUGGUUGGGGUGACUUCCAUUCAAACAUCAAAACAGUCAAGCUCAACCUUCUCAUUACUGGGAAGAUUGUUGACCACGGCAACGGAACCUUCAGCGUCUAUUUCCGCCACAAUUCAACUGGCCUGGGCAACGUGUCCGUCAGUCUGGUCCCGCCUUCCAAGGCUGUCGAUUUUGAGAUCACUCAACAGGAAACCAUAGAGGUACCCAAAGACAAUAAGGCCUUCAAUUGUCGAGUGGAAUACGAGAAGACGGACCGCAGCAAGAGGACGUCUGUUUGCAGCGACUUCCCAAACAGGGUAUGCUUCCAGGAGCAGACCCAAAGCCAUGUCUCCUGGCUUUGCUCCAAGCCCUUCAAGGUCAUCUGCAUCUACAUUGACUUCUUCAGUGCAGACUACAAGCUAGUACAGAAGGUCUGCCCAGACUACAACUACCACAGUGACACUCCCUAUACCUCUGUAGGAUAGCACAGCCUAGAUUGGAUGUGUUGAGGGAUCUGAGGUGACAACUCAGUGUUACAGCCUCUCUAGCCUAUAGUUUCCUUGUCCUGUUCCACAAAGAACUGGAAAAAUGGAAGCAAGGUCAGAUGAGGAACCACUCUUUCUAUUCUACCUGACUUGUCCUCCUUUUAGGGAAGUUAAUGAAAGGAAUAGUUCACCCAAAACAGAAAUUGUUUAUUUCUGCCAUCACUUUUACAAUUUAUGUUUCUGUUCCAGAGAAGAAAGUUUGGAACAAAAUUAGGGUAAGUGAUGACAGAAUUUUCUUUUUGGGUGAACUAACUCAAACUUAACCCAGGCUUAAGAGCUGAUUUCCUGAAGGCUGAUUUGUGUUUUUAACUUACGCUUGGGAAAACCAACACAUCUACAGUUUCCACAGUGACCCCUAAUCCUUUAUCAGUGACUGUUGUGAUGUCAUCAGUGUGAAGUUUUAAAAGAUACAAACAUUUCCCAAUCAACAUAAGCUGGGAUUCAAGAACACACAAAAAAAAUAUAAAACAUCUUGUGUUGCAGCCAUUUGUGAUGCCCUCCUUUUCAUGCCAAUGUUUUUGUGUUCACAAAAAGUCAGUAACUAAGAUUAAUGUUGAAGCCAUAAUGUGCUCCACUGUAUCCUCAGAUCUUUUGUAUUUUGUUUCGUUAUUAAAGAAAAAGAUGAGAUUUGAGUUUCCAGAACCCUC